GGCCAUGCCCCCAUGUGGCUUCAACCAACACCACAACGCAGAUAUAAUAUAAUAGAGAGCAAUUAAGAGAGAGAAAGAUCAUAACAUUUAAAAGAGAUAUAAAGAAGAAUGGAAGAAUUGGACAUAGUGAUUGUUGGAGGUGGUAUUGCUGGUCUUGCAACUUCACUUGCUCUUCACAGGAAGGGUAUAAAGAGCGUUGUGUUGGAGAGAUCAGAGUCCGUAAGAUCAGAAGGAGCAGCGUUUGGUAUUCAGACUAAUGGCUGGCUUGCUCUUGAACAACUUGGUGUUGCUGAUAAGCUUCGUCUUAAUUCUCUUCCACUUCCUCAGAUAAGAGAUGUUUUGAUCGAAAAAGGGAUCAAGCGAAGAGAAUCGGUCGGACCAGCGUCGUAUGGAGAAGUAAGAGGUGUAAUAAGGAAUGAUUUGGUCCGAGCUUUGGCUCAUGCUCUUCCUCUUGGAACUCUACGGCUUGGUUGCCAAAUUGUGUCGGUCAAGCUUGACGAAACAACGUCGUUUCCGAUUGUACACGUUCAAAACGGAGAACCUAUUAAAGCAAAGGUUUUGAUUGGCUGUGACGGAUCAAAUNUUGUUCCCUAA